AUGCUGCCCAGGUCAAACAAUCCGACACGGAAAUGGUCGGUUCCGGGGUAUUCCGAAGAUUUCAUGGAAGCAGUAUUCCACAUGAACGGAUCCGGUGGUCGAAUUUAUCUGAUUUGGACCGGAACCGACAGGAACAUGUCAAAACUGGUAGCCGGAAACGGUUACCGCAUUUCUCCAUCGGAUUCCUGGCAUUUUCCGAGCAGGAUAUUGCAUACAAUGACCCAAAUCGAAGAUAUGAGACAUCUUUUAAUAAAUGACUAUUGUAGUUCGAUAUUACUUCAUAUGACAGAAAAUGCUACAAACAAAUUAUUUCGAUUGAUUAUUUCUUUUUCUGUCGCUGAAUCAAACGACGAUAACUCAAUUGAUAUCCGAUUAACCGCCGAUGAUGUUGCUGUUCUAUUUCGCUUCUACUAUGAAUGUACUGUGUCACAGAGUCAGACGGCUUAUGGACUUCAACAUGCAGAUCUAUUGAAUAGGUUUUCUGUAUUCGGACGUUGUGGAUAUACUUUAUUCAAUGUUAAAAGGGACUGA